GAGAGCGGGCCCGGCGGGCCCCCGGCGCGCUCGGGCCCGGGCGGAGGCGGAGGGGCCGCGCUCCUCCCUCGCCGCCCCCGCCAUGGCCGACAACGAGAAGCUGGACAACCAGCGCCUCAAGAACUUCAAGAACAAAGGCCGCGACCUGGAGACUAUGAGAAGACAAAGAAAUGAAGUUGUUGUGGAGUUGAGAAAGAACAAAAGAGAUGAACAUCUCCUAAAGAGAAGGAAUGUUCCCCAUGAAGAUAUCUGUGAAGAUUCUGAUAUAGAUGGGGACUUUAGAGUGCAAAACACUUCUUUGGAGGCAAUAGUACAGAAUGCUUCAAGUGACAACCAGGGUAUUCAGUUAAGUGCUGUGCAGGCAGCAAGGAAGCUGCUGUCCAGUGACCGCAACCCACCCAUUGAUGACCUAAUAAAAUCAGGAAUAUUACCUAUUUUAGUGCACUGCCUUGAAAGAGAUGACAAUCCUUCCUUACAGUUUGAAGCUGCGUGGGCUUUGACAAACAUUGCCUCUGGAACCUCGGAACAAACCCAGGCUGUAGUUCAAUCCAAUGCUGUGCCGCUUUUCCUGAGACUGCUGCAUUCACCUCAUCAAAAUGUUUGUGAGCAAGCUGUGUGGGCUUUAGGAAAUAUCAUAGGUGAUGGACCCCAGUGUAGAGAUUAUGUUAUUAGUCUUGGAGUAGUGAAGCCACUGCUGUCCUUCAUCAGCCCCUCCAUCCCCAUCACCUUCCUAAGGAAUGUCACCUGGGUCAUGGUCAACCUGUGCCGCCACAAAGACCCCCCUCCACCGAUGGAAACCAUCCAGGAGAUCCUGCCAGCGCUCUGUGUUUUAAUUCACCACACGGAUGUAAAUAUAUUGGUAGAUACAGUCUGGGCACUCUCCUAUCUAACGGAUGCUGGCAAUGAGCAGAUCCAGAUGGUGAUAGACUCUGGAAUUGUCCCUCAUUUGGUUCCUCUCCUCAGCCACCAGGAAGUUAAAGUCCAGACGGCUGCACUGAGAGCUGUGGGGAACAUCGUCACUGGCACCGAUGAGCAGACACAGGUAGUUCUCAACUGUGAAGCUCUCUCACAUUUCCCAGCACUUCUGACACAUCCCAAAGAAAAAAUUAAUAAGCAUUUGGUUGAAGCUGGUAACAGUGAAAGACUGAGGAGUCUUGUGGAGUCUCCUAAGGAAGCAGUGUGGUUCCUAUCCAACAUCACUGCAGGAAACCAGCAGCAAGUUCAGGCAGUAAUAGAUGCAAACCUCGUUCCAAUGAUAAUACAUCUUCUAGAUAAGGGUGACUUUGGUACCCAGAAAGAAGCUGCUUGGGCAAUAAGCAACUUAACAAUCAGUGGGAGAAAAGACCAGGCCUGGAGAAAAUUGAACAGCUACAAAACCAUGAAAAUGAAGACAUCUACAAACUGGCUUAUGAGAUCAUUGAUCAGUUCUUCUCUUCAGAUGAUAUUGAUGAAGAUCCAAGCCUUGUUCCAGAAGCAAUACAAGGCGGAACAUUUGGUUUCAAUUCAUCUGCCAAUGUACCAGCAGAAGGGUUCCAGUUUUAGAGUGGUAUUUUGGAAGUUUAGGUACAAUGCAGCACUGAAUAAAAAAAAAAAAAGGUUUGAUCCAUCAAUCUUGGCUCAUGGGAUCCGCUGCUGCAUUAAAUCGGGAAAGAAAAUGUGAAGAUUUCAUUUGGAAUCACAGAAAAGCCCAAAUGAAGUCAAGAUGGCGAGUGGGUGCGAGUGAGAAUGAGUGGCAAAAUGUAAUGACAAACUUCACACUGAAUGCUUCUUUAGAUUGUUCAAAGAAAAAGGGCUACAGGUCACAGAUCUUCAGUGCCUGAGAAGGAACACCGACUUCCUAGAGCACUUGGGGGAACGCAGUACUCUCAUCAUCAGCCUCGUAAGCAUAAGAGAAUAGGAUGCCCACACAAUGCAAGGAGAACGAGCCCAGGCCUUGCUCUGAAGCCCCGUGUGAAUGGCCAGCGUGGAGUGAGUGUCUGCACCCGCUGCCCUGGAGCCAGGCUGUGGCCGGGGCUGCCCUGGGGCCAGGCUGUGGCCCCUGGGGCCGGGCCGUGGCCAGCCCGGGGCUGUGGCCAGCCUGGGGCCGUGGCCAGCCCGGGGCCGGGCGUGUGCGCGAGAGAGUGGUUGUGAUGUGUCUGUGAACGCAUGCGAGCUUGAGUUGCCUCCAGGGGCUGAGAACCUAAAAUCAUCCAAUGAGUUCAUAAGUGUUGACUUACACUGGACACACAAAGACCGGUUUAGCAGCAGACUCUGGUUUACUCCUGCAGCCUGUGUUUUUUCUCUUUUUUUUGUUUUGGUUUAUUUUUUUUUUUUCCCCCCUCUUAUUUUUUCUUCCAGUUCUUUUUCAUUUCUUUUCCUGUUACGGCUUCUUAGUUGUUUGUAAAGUCAGAAUUUCAGGAAGGCUUCCCUGUGCAUUUGCACCAGAUGAAUGUUUGAUGUUAUGAAAAGCUUUUCCAUAUCAUCAAAACUAAUUUGUAGAUUUUUGCAUGGAAAAAACAAACAAACAAAAAAAAUCAUACAUUUCCCUUCAAACUAGACUGUGUUGCAGUACACAAGUUGCCAUAAUAGUAGAAAGCAGUAAAAUGUGGUAAAACCUCAUCCUUUUCAUUUUCAAAGAUAACAUGAAGACCUUUGCAUGUGGUAUUCUCCAGCAUAGUUCAUUUUUAGAUUUUGUUGAGUCCUGUAACCAAAAUGUUUCUGUUGUGGUAGGAUACCGUGCUGUGUUUCAAUGUUACUUGUUUUCAAACUUUGUUUUCUAUGAAAAUGAUAUGGAAAUGUCUAAAAAUGAAAUUUGGUGCAUAUGUACUGCCGAAUAAAGACCGAAAAAAAGAGGUGUGAAUAGAUGUACAAAUCAAGUCAUGGUUUGAACACCUUUAAUAUGCCUAAUCCAAUUGUUUUAGACUCUUUUUAUCUUAGAUGUAGGCAGCCAUGAACAAUCUAUUUUGAGCCACUUUAGAGAGAAAAAAAAACUUUGUAUUUUUAAAACUUGCACAAAAAGGAUGCAAGUGUUUUUAUAAUUGGAGGAAUGCCUCAGUUUUGAGGUCCUGCACACUAAAUUCAAGGUGAUGUUACAAAUUUGUACAAACUGAACUCUUGAUAAGGUGGCUCAUUGUAGGAAAUGCUGUGCCUUCCCCUUUGAGCACAAGUGUUGCAUGAACAACAGUUUGCUAUAAUAAAACAUCCCAGAUUAGCCACCAUUAGCAUCUAUAUCUACCUUGUGUUUUAAAAUCAGCUGGUAAUUCUGAAACACUGUAGAAUGGAUAAAGAUUAUUUUGUGAUCAUAACUCUUUGUUGGACUAGAGUAUUUUUGCAGCAUUCCUUGUCAUCAGAAACAUGGUUAAAAGUUUAAAACUAGAAGCAGCGGAAAACUAGCUUGUGAAUUUAUCCAAGUAGAGUGCAGGCUAGGCUGUCUUGGGGAAAUAAACAUUAAAACUUGCAA